AUUUGCUUCAAAAUGUCUAUGUCAAGUUUGAUUGGAGGAGGCGGCUGUCUGAGGCGUGCCAGCUGGGGUAAUGAGCUUCGACUGUAGUGACUUGUCGCCGCAUGAUGGCGUUUUGAUCGCUUGUUGUAAGUGGGUUUUUCCCCUUAAAGUAGGACGAACAGUAGAUACUUACCUGUUCCAUCGAAAACGGCGUCAGCGUGGACUCAAAUCAUACGACCAUUGAAGAACAUUUGCAAGAUGAAGCGUUUCGGAUCACCAGCCAUUUUCUUGUGGUUGGUAUCUUGCACCAGCCCUCUCAGCGCUUUUCAGUUGGCGAAGAAUGGAGAGGGUGCCCAGAGCGAAGACAUUUACGCUGCAACCCCCACUCUCGAUGCAACCGAGCAAGAAGCAAUUGUUGGCUCGGUACCUAUCAUGCGAAAGAGGAAUUCAAUUGGAUGCUUUGCGUGAGCAGGGGCAUCUGCAUGCUCGUAAUUGCUCUGUCAAACUCGCAACUUACUUAUAUUGAAUUCAUAACUACCUCGGUAUUUGUCACAACCAAUGUAUGUGGCGAGUAUUUGAAUAAAGAUAAACUGUAUCAAUCUCACGACAGCAAGCGUUGGACCUGAGUGGCAUUGCUAAUGCCUACCUCACGUCAAAUGGAGACGCGCCAUACGACGGCAACAGGAAAACGCUCCUGCAGGCGACAUCUAUGACGAACGUAGCUGUGAUAGUCUCAACUGUAUCUGUCAAAACAUUAGGCAUGUCUUUGUCCAGGUCGUGUAAGUGCACAGCAAUUUUUUGCAUACUUAGGAUCCAGCAUCGUGCGUCCUCUAUCUCUGCAUCUAGAUCUAGGUGAUGUGCCCGCAUAGAAAAGAAAUUUUUGAAUGUUCAUGUCGUUCUUGCAUUAGGUACAGGUCCCUACAACUUUAGCGUACCUAUUUUUCGCGUAUCCCUCUAUCGCUCCGUAUCCGUACGUAAAGAAACGGAGGAUAUGCUUGCAGGCCUGAGGUUGUCACAGCUGCGCAAGCCAUAGCCUUGGCGAAGCAGAUCGAGGUCAUGCUGCCCCGAAUCACUGCCUGAGACAA